CGGAGAGAGAUCGGUGAAAUUUAUGUCGGAUAAUUACGAUAGAGAUUAUUAAAGUGUUUUUUAAGAAAAAAAAAAAGAAUAACAAAACGUGUAUGUCAUUUUAUCGAUACCGUUUGUUUUUUUUUUUGAAUAUUACAAAUACAAGUGUUUUUUUUUUUUUAAUUUAAAAAAUUAAAAAAAGAACUAAGUUUAAAUGUGUGGUUAAUUCUUUUUUAUUUUAAUUAAAUUUUAAUUAAUUAGGAAAAAAAUUUUUACAAAAAAAGGAAAAUUCCUUUUUCCAUUUAGAAGAAGAAAAAAGCAAAAAAAAAGUGGGAUUAUUGCAAUUCUAAAUAAAUUUAUUUCCUAUAUAGAUUUUUAUGUAUACAUAUAUAAAAAGAUUAAAAAUAUAAUGUAAAAAAAUUAAAUAAUUAUUUUAAUAGAAAUAUAAAAUAUAUUAUAAAAUAUAAAAACAAAAUUAUAAUAGAUAGAAUAAACUGUAAUAUGAAUGUAACGUAAAAAAAAAACUGUUAUAAAAAUUUUUAUCAAUCAAAAUAAAUGUUUAAUAAAUAAAUUAAAAAAAUAUAUAAAAAAUUUAGUGAAUAAAAAGUUACAAAAAAAUUUUUAAAAGUGAAUUAUAUAAAAAUUUUUAAAAAUUUAAAAAUGCCAUUAUUUGGCAAAAAGGAUUCAGGGAAAAAAUCCAAAAAAGAUGCAAAAGAAUCUGACAAACAAAUCUUCAUUGAAGAUAAAUAUAAUUUAAAAGAAUUAUUGGGAACUGGUGCCUUUUCGGAAGUUAGAUUAGCUGAAAGCAAAGAAUGUCCUGGACAAUUAUUUGCCGUAAAAAUUAUAGAUAAAAAAGCAUUAAAAGGAAAAGAGGAUUCCUUAGAGAAUGAAAUUAAGGUCCUUAGAAGGUUCAGUGCAAAUCAAAAUGAUGUCGAUGGACAUAAAACAGAGCGAUUAACACAUCCGAAUAUAGUGCAACUUCUUGAAACAUAUGAGGAUAAAUCUAAGGUUUAUUUAGUUAUGGAAUUGGUUACGGGUGGUGAAUUAUUUGAUCGAAUUGUUGAAAAAGGUUCAUAUACAGAAAAAGACGCCUCAGAUUUAAUACGACAAGUUUUAGAAGCUGUAGACUAUAUGCAUGAUCAAGGUGUGGUGCAUAGGGAUUUGAAACCCGAAAAUCUUUUGUAUUAUAGUGCUGAUGAUGAUAGUAAAAUAAUGAUUAGUGAUUUUGGUUUAUCAAAAAUGGAAGAUUCUGGGGUAAUGGCAACAGCAUGUGGUACACCAGGUUAUGUUGCACCAGAGGUAUUAGCUCAAAGACCUUAUGGUAAAGCGGUGGAUGUAUGGAGUAUAGGUGUAAUAUCAUAUAUAUUGUUAUGUGGUUAUCCACCGUUUUAUGAUGAAAAUGAUGCUAAUUUAUUCGCUCAAAUAUUAAAAGGUGAAUUUGAAUUCGAUUCACCAUAUUGGGAUGAAAUAAGUGAUUCUGCCAAGGACUUUAUUCAUCAUUUGAUGUGUGUUAAUGCUGAAGAAAGAUAUACAUGUAAACAAGCGUUAGCCCAUCCAUGGAUAUCUGGAAAUGCUGCUAGCAAUAAAAAUAUUCAUGGCACUGUUUCGGAACAGCUUAAAAAGAAUUUCGCAAAAUCAAGAUGGAAGCAAGCUUAUCAUGCAGCAACUGUUAUACGUCAAAUGCAACGAAUGGCACUUAGUAGUAGCAGUACAAAAACAUCAGUCACAACAAAUACAACUACAACAAAAACAACAGCCACAUCAACAAUUAAUAAUAGCAAUAUAUGCUGUAAUAAUAAUCAAAAAGGUGAUAGUAAUCCUACAAUAUCGACAACAACAUCAUCAUCAACAAACGAAACAGUAUCAAGAUUAUCAGCAUAUCAAAUAUGUGAUCAUCAGCAACAAGGACAACAGCAAUCACAACAACAACCACAAGUAAAUACGGAUAAAAAUAAUUCCUGCAUAAACGGUGAUUCUUCAAAAUGAAUUGUUAAUAAUUUUUUUUUCAAUUUUUUUUUUGACUUUUCUUUCAUUUUUUUGUUUUUCUUUUUCAAAUUUUAUACUUAUUAUCAUUAAUUUUUUUUAUACUUUAAACAUAUAAACUAUCAAAUAAGUUUGUCAUAUUCUAAUUAAAAAAAUAAAAAACUUAAUAGAAUUUUCUUCUAAAAUAUAUAUAAAAAAACUAAAAUUUAAAUUAAAAAUAAAAAAAAUUACGUGAAACAAAAAAAUAUUCAAAAAAACUUCAAAUUCUUCAAUAUACAAUAAUACAUAUAUAUACAAAUUUUUUCUCACAUUCUAUCUCUCUUAACUCAUUCUUCUAAUAUAAUAAAAAUAAAAUAUUUUGAUUGGGUAGUAAAUAUAAUAAAUCCGAAAUAUGUUAAAUUUCACAUUUUUAAUGUAUUUUGUCGCUUAAGUAGGCCAUCUAUCAAAAUGCAGAUCUCGUCAACUUGACUUGCACAAACACUUUUAUUUUAAAAAAUGACGUUUGAAGAGUAGUGCAAAUCUUUCUUUUUCGCUUUAUUUGAAAUUUAUGAUUCCCCGGCAAAUAAAUCAUUCAAGAAAAUUCGCAUGUUAUUGCAAUAUACAUACAAGUGAGAGAUUAUUUGUAUGAUCGGGAAAAUCGGAAUAAUUUCUUCUUUAAAGAUCAAAUAUCAAGAAUUUUAUUUUAAUGCCAGAGAUAAACAAAUUUAUUCAAAGAAAUUUAUUAAAAUUUUAAAUAAUUGUAUACGUUAUCACAAAAUGAGCCUGUACAAGGGUGUUUCCCACAAGGUGGCAAAUAAUUUCAGGUGUGAAAAAAUCAUUUCUAAAAUUCAUCUCUAAAAUUAUUUGCCACUUUUGUGAAACAUCCUAUAUUUACAUACCUAUUCAAAAUUGUUUAGUAAUUAAAAUUUAUUUUCAAAAACUUGUGGUUAUAAAUAGUAGGCCGAUUUACAGUUUGUUAAUGUAUUUAAAGAUAUUAUACUUACUGUUAUAAUGGCAUAAUGGUGUGCCAGAAUAGCUGACGUCUUCCUAUAAAUUUCGAAGCCAAAAAAAAUAUAUUUUGACAGUAAAAAUCUCUUAAUUUAAGUCUCUUUCUUCUGAAAUUCACUUUAAAUUUAAAUGAAAUGAAGGAAUGAAUAGAACAAUAAAAGUGAAUGAAUUAUAAAUGGUAUCCGAUGAAGACGUUUUAUUGUGAUAAUGGUAUAUCAAUAUAACGGAUUUAUUAUAUUUUUAUUAUCGUAACAGACAUUUUUCUCUUUUUCUCUAGCUUUUAAUUUUUCGCUUUGUUUUCUUUUUUAGAUACUAAUUACAUUCUCUCUUUUAUUAAAUUCUUAAUUAUUCUUAAUAACAUAUAAUUAAAACAAAAAUAUAAAAAGAAAAUAUUGUUUAUAAGAAAUAAUUAAAAAUUAAAAUAAAUUUAUAAAAAUAUAUUUGUACAUAUAUAUGUAUGUAAUAUUUAUAGUAUAACAAGUACUAUUAUUUUAAAACAAAAGGAUAAAAAACCAUAAAUCUCACGUUUUUACUCUAUAUUAUAUAAAUUAAGUUUAUAUGUUAUCAAAAAUGAAAAAUUGUUAUAUAUAUGUAUAUAUACAUAAUCAAAAAUGAUGCAGUUAUUAUAGAUUCUUCAUGAAGAACAAAAAUUUCUAAUUAUUUUUCCUAUUGCCUAGGGCCCCUUCGAUUUCUGUAUGAUCGGCCAGGUCUUUUGAACCCAUAUCUAUAUCUCCGCCCUGGUCUCCGUCAAUUUAGAUUCUACCUGUUGGAGGUUCAUCAUUAAUAGCAGGGAGUCCAGUUAGUGAUCAUAAAUACUGAUAUGACAUGGAGCGGAGCAGUCCUUGUACCGAGAACCAAUUGUUCCCAUUCGUAAUGCAGCAAAAGGAUUGUUUGGGAAUUUAUACAUGAACAUAUCUAUAGCGGCAACAAUUUUCCUAAAAUCCUCAUGUCCUUGCCAACGAGAAUAGCCGCAAAUUCUUUGACGUCAAAAUUUUGUUUUCAGUCUGCAAACUGUCUGACGUAUAAAACUUUUACGGAUAGAAAUGUAGUAAACUUUUUACCCGUAAUUGACUUUGAAUUUUGAUCAUCCGUAAACGUCAAAACAAAAAAAAAAAUUUUUUUUAGAUUUAAAAUAAUUUUAUACUUACAUAUUAAGAAUUAACAAAAAAAAAAAUAUUUUUUAUAUUAUUUUUAACGUAAUGAUAGUCACUCAAUACAUCAAAUUUAUUUACUAACUUACUACGUCAGACUGUCUGCAUGUAAAAAAAAAAUCUACAAUUUUGCCGCUUAAUUGACUUUUUUUAAACGUUUAAGAAUUUAAGCUUUGACUGAAAGUAAAAACGCAGUAGAGUAUUCGUAAACUCAGACAACUCAGAUUUUAUAAAAUUUGACGUUUAAGAAUUUACCAUAGGUACUCCCCAAUAGUGUCAAAUUUGGUUGCAAAUGAGAGACUUCUGGACAUUUCCCUAAUUGUGUAAGCAUUUUGGGAAUUAAUAGAUGUCUAUGUUUGGGAUUUUGAGAGUUUACUAGUCGGUAUAUUAAUAGAAUAAACAGGCAAUUAAAUUUCACAUAGAAUGUAGCUGCUCCAGUCGUCCUUCUGAACUCAUAACUCCCAAUUGGGGUUACAGUGAGCAUACCAAAUGGGUUUACAUUUCCAUCUGCUUCCCCAAUGACAAUUCCAUAAGAUUUCCACUCAUCAGAGAGUUUUCCCGUUACUUUUUUGAGAGAGUAGUAAAGAUAGUUUACUGCUAAAGAUGGCUUUAAGGUUGUGUUUUUGAUGGAUGAUUGUACUUCUGCGUCGAGUACGGGGAGUUGCUCAUUUGGAAUGAUGAUGAUUUUGAGAGCAGGUUUCGACCCUGGAUGUUUUGCAAAACACUCACUAACAAAUUCAAGUUUCCGUUCUGAAGACAUGCUUUGAGAGUGGUGAAUCCUCUCCGGUAUAUUAUUUCCAUUUUCACAAAAUACAAAAGUAAUUAGAUUAAAGAUCAUUUAAAUAUUUGUAGAUAAAUACUACAGAGUUUAAUGGUUUAUUUGUCUUCGUGACAUUCGAGUUCUGCCAGUAAAACGUUUUAAAUGUGCUUAUAAAACAUGCGGAAAAUGCAUAUAACAUUUUACAAAAGUAAAGAGGAAAACCCCUUGAAAAUAGUUAGACAAUCAUACAAAUCAUUAAAAUAGAAAAAACUACUGAGAGAAAAAGUUUGAUAUUAUUUUUUGUUCUGAUUUUUUGUUUAAGGGGUACAAGGAAAUAAAAAAACAUUUUUAAAUUUUUGUUCUACAUGAAUAAUCUAUAAUAAAUGCAUCAUUUUUUAUAUAAAGUGAUUAAGUCAUCAGUAACAUAACAUGUACCAUCAUUUAGUUGAUCAAAAAUGAGUAAAAAUUUUUCUAAGAAUUAGGUGUCAAAACUCAACGGUUUCCGAGAUACAGGAAUUUUUAAUAAUUUUCACGAAAUUUCUACUUGUUCAAACUUUUUACCAAUCGUAUUGUGUAUACAACAGGUAGGUUAUGUGAUGGUAACAUAUUUUGCAUAUCGAGUUUUCAGUGGAAAACGCAGUUCACCUUGGUAGAGAAGUGUAAAUAAACUCUUUUUAGCAGCCUGUCGGUGUGUCACUUUGUCGGUCUGUCUUCUGUGUGUACACGCGUGUAUCUCAAGUUCGGCUGAACCAAUUUUGAUGAAAUUUUAUGUGUAUGUUUAUUUCGAAGUUAUAAAUAAAGCUUGAGGAAGUAGAAAUUUUUUUGAAAAUUCUUUAAAAUCCCUAUAUCUCGGAAACCUAUUUCUGUAAAAAAAAUUUACUCAUUUUUGGUGCCCUAAAUAAUGUUAUAUUUUAUGUCACUGAUCGCUGAAUCUGCAUAUGUAUGGGUGUUCUUAUAAUGCAAUAUGCUUUCGCGUUUCUAACUUAGAACUUAGAUAACUUAGUAGACAGAAACACGAGCUGCAAGAAUUACAAAUUUGAUAUUGUCAUUAAAAAAAGUUUUUUUAUUUGUGACAGUUCUAAGAUUGUCAUAUGUCAUAUGUUUUUUUAAGUUUCAAAAUUGAAACCAUAAAAUUGAAUAUUUUAUUAUUUCCAGUUCACUAAAAUAUAAAUCAAAGUUUUUUUAUAAAAGUAAUUACAAAAUUUUAAAACUAAUUUAUUCUAACAAAUCCUAUAAAUUCGACUUAUUUUUUUUUUGUAAGUGCAAAAUAGUUUUUGCAGCAGUAAAAUCAAACCUACGUUGUUGCGCGUUUAUCUUAAAAACCCUAACAUGCAAUAUUGUAGUUAUAAAACACAUUGCAAAAAACGUACUACAAUAUCAAACACAAUUUUUUGGUAGCACGUGGAGUACUUUAUUGUCAAACAUAGGACUCAUUCAGUACUAAGUUAGAAGUGAAUUAUCAAAAAACGCAGUAUGUACAGUGGCGAGCUAAAUUGUUCAAACAGUUAAAAAACUAUUUAUAUGCGAAAUAUAGCCCUGUUUUAAUUAAUCAUGGAAACGAUAUAGAAGUACUUUCUAUUUUUAUAGCAUAUUAUUCUUAAUUUUAUUAUUUUUAAAACCUUCGUUUCUUAAAACAUAAAAUGAGAGUUUUUGAAUAUUAGAAUAAAAAUAUUCCAAAUUCUUAAUAAUACAAAAUAAUUAAACUGCUUUUAAAACUUUAAACAAAAUAUUAUGCGAAAACGCAUGCAAAACUAUUCAAUUGUGAUUUUUAAGAAUUUUUUAUUGCUUUUUUCAAAUUGUCUCUUAUUAAAUAUAGUCAAAAUAAAAUUUUAUAAAAUAUUAGAUUAGUAUUUAAAAUUAAAUUUAUUAAAUAUAAUUAUUAAAUUAAUUUUGUUUGAGAAAAAGAAAAAAAAAUAUGGGAGAUUGAAAAAUUUUUUUUGAAUUACUCGUAAGUAUAUCUGAAAAGUUGUUCUCGCUACUGUAUAUUACAAAAACAUUAAAAAAAAUAUAAUAAAUUAUAUACUAUAAUAAAAAAAAUUAAAUAUAUUAAGUACGAGUAUGCAUAAGCAACAAAAAAAAAACCAAAAAAAAAAAUUUUACAAUUAAAAUUUAUAAAAAAUUAGCCCGAUAAUAUGCAAUUUUUUUCGUUAAAUUUUUUAUAUGUACCUAUAUAAUGUACGUUAGUUAAUUUUUCUCUUUUUCUUAAAAUAAGAAAUGUAAAGUAAUUUUUUUUUUAUAUAAAUAUAUAUUUAAAAAGUCUUCUGUCGCAUUACGCUUAAAAUGAUUGCACAAAAAUAAAAAUAAUCAGCCCUAUCAUGAAUUCCACUUGUAGAAUUUUACGAAUUACGAAUUGAGCUGCGACGCAGACUUUUAAAUGAUCACAAAUUGCUUUCAUAGAGAUUAUGAAUCAGCAAUGGCAACAGAAUUUUUCGGAGUGUCAAAAUCAGUAUUUUGUUUCAACUGUCAAAUGUUUAUUUAUGCUUUUUGUUGCUUUAUUUAAAUUAACGGAAACGUUUUAUAUAAGUGUAAAAAAAUAAUUUUAUUUCACAAUUUAAUUUCACAUAUGUAGGUUCUACUUAAGACUAAUUUUACAAUAUAAAUUCUACAUUAUUUAUAAUGAAUUUUUGCUAAGCUUGGCAAUUUGUAUUUUAUAUUUGAAUUAAUUGAUUUUAUUAAACAAGCCAAAUUAAUAUAAUAUAGGAUGUGCGUGUUGAACUUUUAUUCCCAAUUAUGCAAAAAGUGCUGGCAUAUCAUAUUAGCUGUAAUGUUGGCUGUUAGCUGUAAUGUUAACUUUUAUGCGUACAAAAUUUCCAUAAAAAAGAAUAAUUUCUUUUGUUUUUUUUUUGAAACGUGAAGAAAUUUUUUUUAAGCAAACAUGAAUUCAUUUCGUUUCAUUCUAGCUGUUUUGAAAGAACUCAAAUUCAAAUAAAAAGUUCGAAAACUUGAAAAUUUUAAACAACCACUCACUUUAAAUUGCUUGUUACGUGUGAGUAUUGCUUUCGUAGAUUAUUGCGGCUUAUUUUUACUACGAACGUAAUUUAUGAUUAUUCUAUAAUGAAUAUUCGUAAUAGAAUCUUAGUAAUUCGGAAUUGAGAAUAUGAAAGUCGUAAUUUUCCUGAGCUACGAACGAAAUUCAUGAUAAUAGCUGAAUAAUAAAAAAAUCAAAAUUACAAGGAACUACAUAUUUUCAUUUUUAGUGUUCAUUGUAUGGCAAAACACUAUAGAAUAAUGUGGAAUAAUUUACAUAUUGUGUUUAAUAAUUAAAAUGUUUAACUAUCGUGAUGAAUUGAAUUUUAGUGUUAAUAAUUUUAAUAAAAUAUUUACAUAACGCUAUACAUUAAUAUGUAAUGAAAUUCAUAAUAUACCUUGAGUUCUUACAAAUAAUAAUUUAUAAGUAAAAAUAUAAUAUAUUCUUACUUGCGUCUUGAGAUUAAUUUUUUAUAAAUCUUACUAUUUUUUUUUUCAAUUUUGGUUUGUAAGAUGCAAAUUUUGCGAUAAGUUUUUCAAUAUUGCUAAUUAUCAAAAAUAUUUCUGAAAUUAAUAAAAAAACUUAAAUUAAUCUACUAACUUACUCAAAAUAACAUUCAUAAAAUAUAAAAUUGUUUAUUAAAAAUAACGACACAUUAUUAGUAUUAAUACUGCGCUUCUGUUUUUUUGUUUUUCUUAUAUAAUAUGCCAUAUAUUUCACUUGUAAAUAAUAAAAUAUCUAUAUUCAUAAUUAAAUAAAAAUUUUUCAAAGAAAAAUUAAUUUUUUUUACUUUUAACUUUAUUAUAAUUAAUAAAUUUAAUUCCUAUCGUUAAAUAAUG